AUGCAAGCAAGCUAUCCACUGUUGCCUGUCUGUCCCCUUCAGCAGAUUGUCGGUCAGUCGUUGCAUGAACGUUAUGGCGCCUUUGCAGCACGGGAGUGGGACUCACCUCUCCACACCGCACCCUUCCCCGAGCAUACGAAUACUGUUGGAACGGUGAUCCCACCUGUGUUGAACUGGAAAAGUCGGUGUUGCGUAGACCCCUGGAAGGGCAUUGCGCCUGUGCAGGUGCCUGAGAGUGGUGAGCGUUUGGUCACAAGUGUUGUCAACCAGCGACACACAGUGCUGUUUUCUCCACCGCAGUGGAAAUUCUCAACCUCCUCAGAUUCUGUAUAA